AUGUCCAACUACUACCCGCAACAGUCCUACGGCCCCGGCCCUGGAACGGGCGCCCAGAACCUCCAAUUCUACCCCUCCUCCUACUCCCCCGCCGACGCCGUCUCGGGCCAUGCGACCCCACAACAGGCCUCGUACGGCUACGGAGGACAGCCCUCCGCGGGCCAGUUCGUCGGCGGCAGCGCCGCGGCGGCUUUUGGCGCGCCGCCAGGAGUCUCAGGCCGCAUGGGCGAGCAGGGCGGCCUGCGCACCGGCUGGCUGGCUGCCUUCUCGACCGAGGGCUAUGACGGCGAGCCGCCCUUGCUCGAGGAGCUAGGCGUUAACUUCGGACACAUCCAAGCAAAGACCCUCGCAGUCCUCAACCCCUUCCGCCGCAUCGACCAACACCUAAUGGACGACAGCGACCUCGCCGGCCCCCUCCUCUCCUUCCUUCUCUACGGCACCUUCCUACUCUUCGCCGGCAAGGUCCACUUCGGCUACAUCUACGGCCUCGCCCUCCUCGGCAGCACCUCGCUGCACAUCAUCCUCUCCCUCAUGACCCCGACCGACACCCACCCCUCGGCCUCGUCGCACCCGGCCGCGCCCCAGUACGGCGGUUCUGUCGGCGUCGGCGGCGGCUAUCCAGGCGCCCCCGUCGACCACGACCACCCCUCACGGGGCCACUUCUCCACCACCCUCACCUUUGCGCGCUCCAGCUCCGUGCUGGGCUACUGCCUCCUCCCCCUUGUCGCCACCAGCCUCUUCGGCAUUGUUAUGCCCAUGGACACCCCCCUCGGCAUCGUCCUAACCACAAUGGCCAUCCUGUGGUGCACCUACUCGGCCUCAGCCAUGUUUUGCGCCGUCGGCCGCAUGCGGGGCAUGCGCGGCCUUGUGGCCUAUCCUCUGGCGCUGUUCUACGUCGGCUUCGGCAUCAUGGGUAUCUUCAGCUCUAGGGGAAGCGGCGGUUCGCUGGCCAAGGCCGCGGCCGGCUUGAAGGGAUGA